AAAUAAUCCGCCGUUUCCUGCUCCCAGCAGAAGAUGAUGCGCCAGGUGACGACCACCGACUUCUGCAUGAACAGCAGGCCCUCGUGCCUGGCAGAGGACGGCCACCACCCUGCUUCUCACUUCGACCUGUGCACCUCCCAGCCCAGCAAGUUCUACCCUCCACCCCCCACCACGUCCCUCCAGAUGACGCUCGCUCCCAUGGCCUUACCGGCCCAAAGCCACAAGCCCAUGGUGUGCCAGAGACAGGACGUUCUGGGGGGCGACCCGCGCCCACCGGGGAAAAUAGCUGGCAUGAAGGGCGCCGAGCAAACGCCGGAUGACGGCAAGAAGAAAAGCAAAGGUGCCGGCAAGACGGGCAGACGAGGGAGACCUUUGGGAACCACCAAACUAGCUGGGUACAGAACCAGCACCGGCCGACCGCUCGGCACCACCCGGGCUGCCGGGUUCAAGACCAGCCCGGGAAGGCCGCUCGGCACGACGCGAGCCGCGGGGUACAAGGUCAGCCCAGGGCGGCCUCCCGGCAGCAUCAAAGGCCUGUCGCGCCUCAACAAACUGUCUUACAGUAGCACCUGCAGCGGAGCAGCGUUCCCGUAUCCACUUCCACACAAAGAAAUCCUCUGUGAACCUUCCUGCAAAGAGAAGACGGCCACGGAGUGAAGACUCUGCUCCGCACGCUCACCUGCCGGGACAGUAGACACGCACAGGUUUCCUGCUGCAGUUUAGUGAAGGUGAGAGGAGGAAGGCUUUUUGAUAAGAAUAUCAAUAAUAAUAUGUGUUGUUGUCAUUUGUGUGACUGCCAUCAAUAUAAUCCCCACCAGUUUUUCAGUGAGAUCUAUAGUGUACGAACAGUUUCACUAAACACAGCUGUUUUCUAGUGACUUAUGUAGCAUUUUAUGACCAACACAUCUCUCUGAAGUUAUUUGCUGCGUUUUCAUCACCUCCAACAAAGGAGGUCAUCACAAACACAACUGAUGUGUAAAAUGUGCUACAGAAGAGGAAGAAUGUACUUUGAAUGUUAGUCGGUGCAGCUUGGAGUCCAAAAAAGCAUUUGUUCUCUUUCUGUUUUUAUAAAAGAACUCGAAAGAAGAAAAAUUAUGAUAAAACAGAAGUUUAAAUGUGUUUGCAAUAGAAAAUCUGGUGGAAAAUCUGAUUUUACUGUUUGAAGAUGUAAAAAAUUUGGGCCUUGAUGGUGAAUUUCUUGAUUCAGUAGCAAAAACUUCAUCAUGAUGAUACUAAAAUCUAAUUUAAUCGAUUUCAGAAAAUCCCCUUGAAUCCAUUUCAGUUGAUUCAAGUUCUCUAAAUAAUUAUUUUUAAACAUGAACUUUUUGCAUGCAGUAAAUAUCUACACAACUAAUUCAGCUUAAAAGUAUCAAAUAAAUGAGAUAUUCGGAAUCUUUGUAAAGGAUUUUUUACAUUAAAACCAAGUUUGUGCAAGUUUAAUUUAUCAAGUGUUUUUUUUUCUUUUAUGUUUAUUCAGUUAGUUUAAAACUUUUAAUCCAGGAAAAAAAAAACACUAAUCCGAGUCACAUUUUACACACAAAAUAACUGUUUUUUUUUGUUUUACAUGAGUUAGUUAUAUUUUUCUUUUUUCUCUGUAAUUUCAAAUGUUUCCUUUAGCUGCUUUUUGAUUCCAGACUUUGUAUUAUGGUCGUCUUUAUGAGAGCAUUACACUUUAAUUCCAGACUUCUGCCCUUAAAAGGGCUCAUUUCAUAAUGUUGAUAGUUUUUUACUUCUAAAGAACUAAAGCAAAUGAGGAAAAAAAAUUAAUGUCAUUUUAAAUCUUUGUUUUGCCCUGAAUUACUUUUUGUUUUGAAACAGAAUAGUGUUCAGAGAUGAUUAUACAAAUACAUUAACUAUGGUCGAUAGCAUAGUUUCGCUGUUGGAAAUCAUGAGAUAAAACCACAACCCUUCAUCUUAUUGCUUUGAUUCUAUAAAGCCUGAAACCAUCACCUUUUAUUAGCUGAUUAUUCAUUGUUUCUCAGUCUACCACUAGAGGGCACUGUUUCUGGUAUUCUGCUGCCAAACAAUCAUUUUACAAUUGGAAAUAUUGACAGUUUGUUGUGAAUCUCUUUUUUUUUUUUUU